CAUGCCCCAUAAAAAAAACGUCGCCUCUCCAAAAGCAAACACCACCAUCAAUAGAAUCCACCUAAUCCCGGGCUGUUGUUUCUCUCUUUUAACACCUAUUUAUACCUCCUCUCUGCCUCAACAACUGCAUGGAUACAUAUUAAUACAAAACCACGCUAGUUUUUUAUGUUCUCCUUGGAUUGAUACAAGCACACACAUACAAGUGCAAGCAGAGAACAGAGUGGAAGAAGAGAUGUUGACGAGGGAAGAGGAGGAUUGGGAAGCCGAGAGAGCGGCGGAGAUUGACUAUGUGUUCAAGAUAGUGGUGGUGGGGGACUCGGCUGUGGGGAAGACACAGCUACUAGGGAGGUUCACAAAGGAUGAGUUCUUCUUCGACUCCAAGUCCACCAUUGGUGUCGAGUUCCAAACUCGCACCAUAACGCUCAACCGCAAGCGCGUCAAGGCCCAAAUUUGGGAUACUGCUGGCCAAGAGAGGUAUAGAGCAGUCACUAGUGCUUACUACAGAGGAGCUCUUGGUGCCAUGUUAGUUUAUGACAUCACCAACAGGCAGACAUUUGAUCAUGUUGCAAGGUGGGUUGAGGAACUACGAGCCCAUGCUGACAAAUCCACAGUUGUCAUGCUCAUAGGAAACAAAGCUGACCUCGCUGCUCGAAGGGCUGUCUCUACUGAAGAUGCUGUGGAAUUUGCUGAGGAACAAGGGCUUUUCUUUUCAGAGGCAUCCGCACUUAGUGGGGAAAAUGUGGAGAGUGCUUUCCUAAGGAUUUUAGAAGAAAUCUAUGGAGUGGUCUCAAGAAAGGCCUUGGAGUUGGAUGAAGCAAGAAGGAAUGGAGGGAAUGAUGUCUUGAUGCUGAAAGGAAACAAAGUGUCAGUUCUUACUGAGGCUUCCAUGAUGGAAACUAGUGCUAUAAAAAAAGGAACACAGUGUGCCUGUUUGUAACAUUGAUGUAUGGUUGUUCGAGUACGUCUACUUAGUUUCAAAGGUCAGUGUUUGAAAGAGAAGAUGCAUGCAUUCAUGGAGAUUUGUUAAAAAGAAAAGAAAAUUGCUGCUUGUUCUUUAUUGAAUUACUGAUAAGAGGGAAUUUUAUUUCAACAUACCUUGCAUGUUUGUGCUUCUUGUCCCCUGAAAUUGUAUUUAUAUGAACAAUAUCAUGAAGAUUAGUUUGCUGCAAUGAUAUGUUUGAUAAGCAUGACUAAUAAUUACCAUAA